UGCAUCACGUUGUGGGCUUACUUCCACUUGUCGGAUAGGAUCCAUAGUGAGGAGACGGACUAAGUGUUAGGAGUUCAGGGUACGGAUAGGACCACCAUGAUGCUUGACGAUGUCGGAUAAUAUCAUAGUGGACUGGUUAAAAUCCGUCAGGUUGGAAUUAUACACGCAGGCGUUUUUAGAUAAUGGUUAUGAUGAGCUAGAAGUGUGUAAACAGAUUGGUGAAGCCGAUCUUGAUGCUAUUGGGGUUCACAACGGGGUUCAUAGAGAAAUCUUACUUCAGGCUGUCACCAGACUCCGAGAAGAAGGUGGCACGUCAGUUUAUUUUACAUUAGAAAACACAGAUGUUCAACAAAAAGUUGUGAAGAAUGGUUCGGAACAAAGUAAGAGUGUUAAAUUGGGGACGAGAAGUGCGUCCUCCCGCCGAGGGCUCCCAAAGACUGCAGAGGAUGUCCCCUACAAAACACUGGAACAGCUGAGGAAGUAUGUCGGGGACAAAUUGGUCAAGGAUGGCAUUGACCUCGCGUGUCCUCCUUACGUCAAACCGGACAACUCAGCAUGUCACAGCAGUCUGGCUGCCUUAGCGGUCAAGUAUACUGACCAGCUGAAAGGCUCAAGCCUCCAGGAUGUGUACCGGUGUUUGGAGGAACUAUCAAUGUGGCGAAUCAAGGGCCCUCACCACUACUACUCAACAGCCAUGCCACCUGUACAGCCAGCUGCCGUGGUAAACAGCCACUUGCCCUAUGCCAGCCAGGUUCCCCCUCACACAACUUCUCUCAGUGGACAUUCUCCUUAUGCAAGGACUGGUCAUGCUCAGUUUGCUGGUUCUUGUCAAGCUGGACAUUCGCCAUAUGCAAGCUCUGUUCAAACUGGAAGGUCCAACUAUGCUUCGUCUGGCCAGGUUAGCCAUUCUCCGUACGCCAGUGCUGGCCAAACGUGUCAUUCGCCCUAUGCCAGCUCCAGUCAGGCUCCAGUGCAUGCUGCCAGCUACCCUGUGUACGCCAGCUCAGGGCAGGCUUCAUCCUGCACCAUGUCCCAGGCCGUGUAUGGCAGUCCGGGUACACAGCCUCCACCUAUACCCUCCUCACUCCCGCCUGCUACCAGCCAUGUGGAGAAGAACAUUGACCUACACAGUGUCCAUACUAGAUACAUCUAUGAAAACACAGGCUUCCAGACUGAACGAAGAUAUGAAGAUUUGGAUGGCAAAGAUGAUGAUAAAAAGAAGUCUUCCACUUUGGGUCGAUUCUUUAGGAAUAUUGGACUGCGACGAUCCGGAAAGAAGCACUCAUACAAGCCACAUAAAGGUGACCCGAAUGCAUUUGACAUAACUAUGGACGAUGAUGACCGCAUGGCACUAAUGUUGAUGGUCAAGGAGGGCAAGAUCACAACUGAGCACGCCCUACAAGUGGUCAGUGGACAUUGGCCGGACGGCACAAUUGUAAAAAAAUAUGAGGAAGAACGACGGAAAGAUCUUGAACAGAGGGAGAAGGCUUUCAAAAGGAAAAAAAAACAGACAAGGCCUGUCAAGUCCCCAUCGGCUACUUACACAGGGUCAAUGCCUCGUUGUGAUGUAUGUUCCGGUUUCAAGGGGUCCCCCCAUGACCUUGGCUACCCGACGGGGAAUGUUUGUGUGGACCCCACCCACCAGAUGGAGUACAGCCAGCACCGUCGUGUACACAGUGUUGGUCAUAUCGAUCAUGCCUACUCUUCCCGCUCCCCAGAGGGCACACGCUCACUCAACUGUACACCCACCCACUGUGCCAUGAGUCGGUCAUCGGCAGUGAGUACUCCGGUCAGUUUUUACUCCCCAGGCCACCAUCCUAAACUGUACUCCCCAGUAUUCCCACAGGAUCCACGCCUUUCUCUCUACCAAUGUCGCGCCUGCAGCCAUCACAAUAGCUCCAUGUCCUCAGGGGGUGUCACUGGUCGCUGUCACACGGCCCUUGGUGUGCGCGUCAGUCAAAGUGAAUCAUCACCUGGUGUAAAUAUAACUCGGGAGGACCUGUCACCAGGUGGCGAGGCCAGUCGGUCGGGGUCAUGUGUUGACCAUUCCCCCUCCACUACCUCCUUUGACCUUGUGUCAUCCGAGUCUGAACACUCUAUCGAUUGUCAAUCACAUGGCCAUGUUCCUUACAACCACACACCCAGUCACAAGGAGAGCGGCCACUACCUCAGCAACACUGGUGCAAUAUCUACGAACCCCGGGGACAGGAACAGAUCACCCCAGGUUCAGGGGGUGUGGCAGAAAAACGUGACCCAUCGGGACGCAAAUAGCCGAAACCAUGGCAAGGAAAACUUAGUGAUUGGGGCUUCCCCUAAGUCUGCAAGCUCUGAAAGUAACCAUAGCAACCACAGUGCUGAUUCGAGUGGACUGUGUAGUUACCGUAGUGCCAGCCCCAAUGGGGGCCAGACAGUGGUGCCAGUGGACGAGGUUUCAGGGUGUGGUCAAGUUUCCUAUGUCCAGGCACACAGUGACUUUGUCCCAACCUCAAACAGUAGGGACGCCCUCACACUACAGAAGGGGGAUGUCAUCCGUGUGUUGUACAAGCCUCCGGGGGACCUGUGGAGAGGGGUGCUCAAGGGAAAAACUGGCUGGUUCAGAGCAUCGUGUAUAGAGCCCCUGUACACAGGAGAAACUGCUCUGGAGCCCUGGCUGGACCGGCGACCCAACAAACCCAAAACUGUACAGGAGGUGCUGCAGGUCAUAGGGCUGGAGAGCCUGGAGGCAGUGUUUAUCCAGAACGGGUUUGAUGAGCUCGACUGUUUUGCUGAUGUUGAUGAGGAGGACCUUGAUUUACUGGGGAUAUUUGACCCUCUGAUCAGGACCAAACUGCUCAGUACAGCAGAUCUCAUCAAAAACACUCAAGACACACCGACACUGCACUGGAAGUUCCACCAGGGGCGGGCAGGACCCCCUGUAGCCUUCAUGAACAAGGAAUAUCGACAUGGCACAUCCUAUCCCCCAAGUCAAGACUCGGGUUGCUAUGCAAGCUUUGAACAUUUGGCACAGCGGGAUGCUUACCCAACCACGAGUGAGCUCAAGCAGCAGUAUUGUUUACAUUCCAACAAGGAGAACAUCUCCCCUGGAGCUCGGGCUGGUGCCCCAGGCCUGGCAAUAACGCGACCCCAAAGGGGGCACUCUGGUGUGGGUAGCUCAGAGAAUUCUGAGGACUUAGAUAGGAGUGAUAAAGAGUAUACUGCUGAGGAUCGGGAGGUCAGCGAGAUUACCAAUAGCGUGGAUUGUAACACAACCCUAACUAGUAAGGCUGCCACCAAUGACCUCUCAGGAUUGUCUGGUGACGCUGUCAUCAUGUGUAACUUCGCGGGUACGCAAACUUCUCCUACCUAUGGGAGAGCCAACUGUGAUAAUUCAGCCAAUAAUCUAUCCUCACCCAAAGCCCACAUGCGCCAAAGUGGCAGCACAAACGGUGAUUUUGUGUCUUCUAGUCAGUCACAGGAGGGCAGUGUGUGUUCACCAUUACAUAGUGCACCUCCAUUUCCACGUAAAUGUGUUCCCAGACAGGACUGGAAUUUUCGAGAUGUUCAGGUCCAGGUCAUGUGCCCAUUAGGAAGCCUGAACCUAAAUGCUGAAGGUGUACAGGAUGGUGAGGGGGUGCCACUGCACCCCCACAUGACUCACAAUACACCUCCCACCUCUCUAGUGCUCAGUAAUCCCCAGGGGGCCAAUCUCCGCCAGACAGAUAGUGGGGGAUAUCGCAGUGUGUCCCGGCCAGAUGAUGGAGGGUACCGUAGUGUAGGUCAGUUGUCAAGGCGAUCUAUGUCUGCAGACAGGGCCAGUGUCAAAAGAACCAAGCCAGAGGACCCCCCAGAGUACCGAACAGUGAUGCGUUCUCUCCUUAAUCUCAUCACAUCAAAACUUGUGUCAGAAAACAUAAAUCUUGCCUUAGAACCCUACUCUACAAAGGCAGGUGAGUGUGGAAUUCCUCCACUCCUAGUCCAGCGGUAUGCAGAUGAGCUGAGACAGGACCUAGUCAGUGUGGCUCUGGUGGUCGACCAAGUCCGUGUCCAACAACUGUGCAGUCGACACAGACCAGCGGUGCUGUCACGUGAUUUGCCCGACUCUGCAGCUAAGGCGUGCGAGAUAAAGAUUUCGUCCAUUCCCGAGUUCUUCACCUCCAUCGGCCUUCCCAUGUACACCAGUAUGUUCCUGGAGGAGAAAAUGUCAGCCAUGGAGGACCUACUUCAGCUCAAUUUUGAGGAUAUACGUGAUAUCACUCGUACACAUGCAAAACAUGUCAAACGAAUCUCACAUGCACUUGAGUGGGUACGCACACGAAUUUCAACGCUGAGAAAGACAAGCAACAAGGAUGCAGCAGUGAUGGAUAGGGUGUAGGAUAAACAUUUAUGUGUGUUUAUAUGAGGAUAAAUAUUAGAGUGUGUUCUUAUGGGGAUUAAAAUCUAGGUAUGAUCAUCUAAGAUGGUUGUUAUCUUGUCACUAGUUUAUCUGACUUGACCUGUUGUGUAAUGGUGUGUAUCAUGUUUCCACUGGUUUGAUAUAUGUGUGCGUGUGUGCGUGUGUGUGUGUGUGUGUGCCUCUAAGGUCCCGAGUGUUACUGAGAGGAGAUGUAUGAUGUGUGUAUGUGUCUCUAAGGUCCCCGAGUGUUACCGAGAGGAGAUGUAUGGUGUGUGUGUGUGGGUGUGUCUAAGGUCCCCGAGUGUUACUGAGAGGAGAUAUAUGAUGUGUGUGUGUGUGUGUGUGUGUUACUGAGAGGAGAUUAUAAUGUGUGUGUGUGUGUGUCUAAGGUCCCCGAGUGUUAUUGAGAGGAGAUAUUUGAUGUGCGUGUGUGUGUGUGUGUUACUGAAAGGAGAUUAUAGUAUAAUAUGUGUGUGUGUGUGUCUAAGGUCCCCGAGUGUUACUGAGAGGAGAGAUAUGAUGUGUGUGUGUCCAAGUGUUACUGAGAGGAGAUAUAUGAUGUGUGUGUGUGUGUUACUGAGAGGAGAUUAUAAUGUGUGUGUGUGUGUGUGUCUUAGGUCCCCGAGUGUUACUGAGAGGAGAUAUAUGAUGUGCGUGUGUCCAAGUGUUACUGAGAGGAGAUAUAUAAUGUGUGUGUGUCCGAGUGUUACUGAGAGGAGAUAUAUAAUGUGUGUGUGUCCAAGUGUUACUGAGAGGAGAUACAUAAUGUGUGUGUGUCCGAGUGUUACUGAGAGGAGAUAUAUAAUGUGUGUGUGUCCGAGUGUUACUAAGGGGAGAUAUAUAAUGUGUGUGUGUCUGAGUGUUACUGAGAGGAGAUAUAUAAUGUGUGUGUGUCCGAGUGUUACUGAGAGGAGAUGUAUAUUGUGUGUAAUACCUUCCUACCUUUUACAGCCUCUUUAUACAUUUUUACUUCGUAGAAAUUUUACAGUUGAGAACUUUUACAAUUUACACUUGCAAUUCAAUGAUCUUAAUUAGCAUUUCUGGGGUAUGUUUUAUUAAAAACUACCCAUUUUACACACUACCCAGCAUGCCUACUGUGAUAUGACAGGUCGAUAUUAAACUGCAUGCCUAAUGGGGUAGGUUAACCUUGCAUUUCUGGCAUUUGCCAAAUAAUAAUCUCUUACAUUUGUCGUGAAAAGUUGAUGGCAUUUUAUUUACAGUUUCCACAAAGUAAAAAAAAAAUCAUCAACAUAUUGGAAAAUGAUUAUCUCUUGUGUGUUACACGGUGAGCUAGGUCU